CCUGAUUGCUAAGAAAGAUGAAUACUUGAAAGCAAGCAACCAUAGGACCAACGGCUGCAUAUAGCUCUCAGCCGUUUUGAUCAUUUUAUUCGUCAUUUAAGAACUUUAUAUGAAUUGUGUUUUUUUUAUCUGUUAAAGAACGCUCACUAAGAAGUUGAAGAUUAAUUCAUCUCAAACAACUGACAACAGAAGAGUAAUACGAUAUCGAUCAUUAUAAUAGCAUUGAAAGUUGCAACUUUACACUUUAAAUUUAUGUUGCUAUUUUCUUUUUCAUUUCAUUUGAUUUAUCCCAGUAAUACAAUAAUAGCUUUUUUCAGACAGUACAAGACAGAUAUACAAGUUUUGAACAAACAGUUGUUAAUGAUAAGAUUGCUACAUCAAAGUAAUAUAAUAUUCCUCCAUGCGUGGUACUUUACUAGAUAUAUUGCAGAAAUGCACAAUAUGAUCCUUGCAACAAUCGAGUGGUUCCAGAGAGUCCAUAAUUCCAUUUCCCGAUUCAGAUACAGCGUAAACCAAAAUUUGAAAAAGAGGCAAAAGAAUAUUAAUGCAUGCUAUAUCUUCAUAGUCUCGUUUCAACCGUAUUUCUCUGGCAUAUUGACCGACUGCUUAAGUAUUUGAGCGCCACUGCGUGCACCAUAAGCAAACAGAUUUGACGAUAAGAAUAACCACACUGAAAUAGUUCUCAGGUAGUAGGAUCCAUGGUAGAAGCAAGCCAAUAAUAAUAAUAAUGAUAAAACAAAACUUCCGUCCACUACGUAAUCGUGCAAUAAUUAGAUCAGUACGGGACAGUAUUCCAAGAAAAAUGCGCGUUUUGUGAGUGGAAAUUGUGCAGGAAUGCGGACAUUGAAGACGAAGUUGCCCAAUGUUGGUUUUCAGGAGGUAUAAAAUCAAGUUGACCUAAUCUUCAUUCUUCAAAAUAAAUGUUGUCCACGACGCCAUCAUCAUUUAAUGAUCUGGGCCUUUUCCUAAACGAAGACUCACUAAUAUAUAGGCCUACGGUGGUUUGUGAAUGAUAUCGCGAUAAUUUUUGUUUCUCAACUUAUUAACUGGCCAAUAAAGGACUUCUGUUUGCAUCAAAGUCCCGAUUCACCUUAUUCAAGUUCCAUUUUUUCAGCCAAUCAGGGUAGACCAGAGUGUGAGCAAGUUGACGUCAUCAUACCCCAUCGGCCAAUCAGGAGCUUCUAAUAGAAGCCAUAUUCAACGACGGGCAGCUUCGUGAGGCGUUCCGAAUGUGCAAUCAACCAUGCGAUAAUAGAGCGAGAACUGAGCAUUACUGCACCAUUCAAGUUCAUUCACUUCAAAUGGAAUUCAUUCAUGCUGAUACACAUAGGCGCAACGCGUUCAAGCAUCUCGUGUGAUUCGAAUUGAACACCAUCACUUUUUGACUUACCUGGAACCAGUCCGUUUCACCGAAUUUCAAAGGAUUCGUCAAGAAAUUGCCAUUAUACUCGUGGUUCUUGGUCGUGCUUUCGCUGCUUCUACGCACUGACCGAUGACGGCAGAUUUGGCACGUUGGACCCUCGAGACGCAGCCAAUUAUCUCCAUGUGCGGGUACCAGCAAAACCGACGAACACCCGAAGACCGAGUGGUGCCCGAGAACUUGAAGUCUGCUGGAGACAAAAUGGCCGACGCUCGCAUCGUUGUGCUGGGCGAAAAGAAAGUCGGAAAAUCGGCUGUGACAGUACGGUUCCUCACAAAGCGGUACAUCGGAGAGUAUGAAAGCAACAUUGAUCUUCUGUAUAAACAGACCGUCCUGCAACAUGAUAUGCAAAUGAAUAUGGAAGUCCUAGACACAUGUACAAGAGUUGACCUGAAGAAAAAUCGAGACGAACAUAUCAGAUGGGGCAACGGAUUCGUCCUAGCCUACAGCGUCUGUAACCGCGAAACAUUCCGUCCGAUCGAAGGCCAAAUCAGACAUCUCCAACGGUGCAAGUCACCCUGCUCUGUCCCGAUCGCCAUCGUGGCAAACAUGGUUGACCUCGAACACCGGCGGGAAGUUAAUCCAGAGGAGGGUCGCGACCUCGCCGAAGAGUACGGCUGUCAUUUCUUCGAGGUGUCCGCCGCUGAGGGCAGUAUGGACGUUCGCGAGGCUUUCUUGACGAUUCUCCGCGAGUUGCAUGAAUCGAAAAAGUCAAAUUUACAAAUGAAGCGAAGGCGAAGUAGCGUUACAAGGAACGUGGCCAAUAAGGUCAUGCAAGCCGUCUUCGGGUCGCCGCGGCGGUCACGCAAGAUAUCACUCCCUUGACAGACCAUACGAAUACUAACAGCUUGCAUCGGAUGAUCUUGUGAUUGCUUCAGUGUAUCAUUUGCUCCCGUGAUAGCAGUUUGACGUGGUCCUCAGCUGCCAUUUUGGACCACGGAUUGCCGAAUGCGUGAUGGCCCAAUUCUCUCACCCCGGCAUUAUGAUUUCACAGGGUAUGUUGCAGAUAUUUGGCACCACGUGACAUUUGUUUAUGCGUGAUCUUUGUUGAAACUUUGUUGAUUCAUGCGUGAUUCAUGCUAUCCACCCUUAAUGAUUCAAAAUCAUAUCUUAACCGAACGUUUUAGAUUCUGGGUGGAUUGUUGGUGAAUGAAAAUCACAACGUGAGGUUCGGCAACAGCAGAGAAACGAGCAUGGCCGUGAUUAAGGUGCAAUGCCUAGCCAGCCCAAAUUAUCGCUAUCCCAUGCAACUUCGAAGAGCAGAACUGACUUGGUGGUGAUUUUUGUUUAUUACCUGAUUGGUCAGAAAGCAUGAAUGCUUGUAAGCCAGCAACCAAAGGAUCGACGGCUUAAGGUCCUCUCCGAGGGACCUGGUAAUGAGGGUUAAUGCCUUACCAAAGGGCACUAGCGCACCAAGUUGAACUCAAACCCGGAUCAUUGAACUCGAAUUCUCGCUUUACCGUCUGAAAGAAGAUGCAUUGGGUCAGAUGUUAAAUUUGAUAACAUUUCAACCACCAGCUUUUAAUGUCGUAUUUGACGUCUGCAGUUAAUCGCGCCAGUUGGGUGCAAACUGUUAUUUUAGUCAUAUUUGACUAUUUUCUAGUCGUAUAUUACAUGAACGAAGUUAUUUCCGACAAGAAAGUGCGUCGUCAGAAAUGUUGUACGUCAGACUAGACAUAUCAGUUGCAACCAGCUUACUACUGAUCUAGUCAAUUUGACUGAUUUGUUUUAAUAGUUUAUACCAAUUGUCCGACUCUACCAUGCGUACAACUUAAAGGAAUAGUACUGCUAUGAGGUUUGUUAAUAUCGUACUCGCUCUGUCCAUACAAUUCGCUUAGUAUUUUUUGUAAAAUGGUGUAAAAACUUGUAUAUAAAAUGAAAGUGGCUGAAAGAGUUUGUGUUCAUUAUGUUUACAUGUUGGUAUGUAUUCAAGAUGUGAUAUUUUUGUACGAAGCUACUUUACCAAAGUUUAAUAAGUUUAAACUGAUGUUUAUUUUGAGCAUUUCAAAUUGCACAGGUUUAUUGCGUUGAAUUGAAUACUGAAUUAGUAUUACUGUUAUGAUUAUUAUUUUGUUUUUAUUAAAUAUAUGCCUACAAUAAAUGUUAACAUUACUGAUAAUGUUAUUACUAUUAGGUAAAGUGUUCAUGUUCAAAUUAUUGAAAGACUAGCUGUAUCUUAUAGCCAUACCCGUGCUAAACUAAACAUACACUGAAAUUAAAAGGAAUAUUUGACUCAUUCUGAAAUAUAGGCUUAUCGUGAGUCAUGUGAUCUAAUGAACUUUGCCACCGCGUCCGCCUGUUCCUUUUUAUCAGAUCUGACUUGUAAACUAAUGUAUUUUUUUUAGCAAAGGAACAUUAUGCGAAGUUGUACCGAGAGUAGAAAAUCCCGCGUGGCUUGCAUCGUGCGCAGGAAUGUCUGGUUUUGUUUUAUGUCAGCAAUGUCAUGGAUGCCAUACAUCAAAUGAAGUGCUUCAUUUGACACCUUUAUAACCACCGACCCCAUCCUCUUCACUAAUGGUGACGUUUAUACACGACAGUGUAAGUUCCAACGAUUAUCUGAACAGAAACGCUGCCUAUACAUGUAUAGUUUAGUGUUUCAAGUCAAAUAUAAAAGGUCAUUUGAGGUAAAUAAGGCAGAGAAAAUCAAAGGGUAUAUAAUACACAGAAAAUAUAAAUUGAAUAAGAAAAUGAAACACAUGCAGGCUUAUUGUAUGAAUGAAAAAAAUGAAAUGCAAUUACAAAUUCAUAUAAUUGUGUAUGUGAAAUGAAUUCAGCAAUGAGAGAUGAGUUAUUUUAAGUAAAUCAAGAAAUUUUUAACGGAUUUCGUGUAUGCUUUAGCACUGCUACCCUGAUUGGGAGCUUCUAGCAUUCAAAUAAUUCAUACCGGGGACCCAUGGCACCUGGGUGGAGAGUAGCAAAUGUAGAUAAA